AUGCAUUGCACCACGGAGUGCCCCUCUGUUCAAGAGACCUGGGAGAACUCCCUCAAGGUGAAGUCUUUGAAGCAAACGGGUAGCACUGUCCUUAAAAACAAAGCCCCACGAUGGCAUGAGCACUUGCAAUGCUGGUGCUUGAAUUUCCAUGGACGGGUGACAGUUACAUCUGUCAAGAAUUUCCAGCUGGUGGCUACAGCCGACCCAAGCCAUCCUGAUAGCGUCGGUGAUGCGGAAACUGUUCUGCAGUUCGGUAAGGUUGAUAAUGAUAUCUUCACCAUGGAUUAUCGCCAGCCGCUCUCGGCAUUUCAGGCGUUCGCCAUCUGCCUUAGCAGCUUUGGGACAAAGCUAGCCUUGCCUUUACUUACCUCUGCCCCCGUUUUCCGGCCGAGCUGGCUGGCCGGCUGGCUGUACGCGUCUCCGUAA